UGGUCACACUUCCUUUCCACGCGACCAACAACACAAAAAACGUGUGUUUUGGUCAACAGCGUGUUUUUCUUUUAAUUAAUCUGUACAAAACAGAUAUCACUUGACAAAAAAUAUAUUUUCAUAAACCGACAGGAUGAGGCGUCCCAAGAAGUACGAAUCCGGCGAGGCUACGCAAUAUAUUAGCCGGCGGGCUGCACUCAGGAAACUUCAGCUCUCGCUAAACGAUUUCCGCAGGCUGUGCAUCCUGAAAGGCGUUUAUCCCAGGGAACCGAAACACAGGCGCAGGGCACAGAAAGGAUCUUCGGAAAUCAAGGUCCUUUACCACACAAAGGACAUACGCUUCCUGCUGCACGAGUCGAUUGUGUGGACGCUGCGUGACUAUAAGAUCUUUGCCAAGAAAAGCAACCGCGAUCGCGCCAUCAAGGAUUUCCGCAAUUUGAAGCGACGCCUGGCUCUGUUUCCCGAAAUCAAACUAGAUCACAUUGUCAAGGAGCGCUAUCCCACCUUCAUCGAUGCUCUCAAGGAUCUGGAUGAUUGUUUGACCCUUCUCUUCUUGUUCAGCACAUUUCCCUCGCUUCACUUGAUUCCCAGGGAACAGUCGAACUUGUGCCGUCGACUGACCAUCGAGUUCCUGCACUAUGUGAUUGCCUCCAAGUCGCUGCGCAAGGUGUUCAUCUCCAUCAAGGGCUACUACUUCCAGGCAGAGAUCAAGGGCCAGAAGGUCACCUGGAUUGUGCCGCAUUACUAUCCCUUCAAGCCGCAAUCCCGCCAGGAGGUGGACUUCAAGGUUAUGUCCAUCUUCGUGGAGUUCUACACCAUUAUGUUGGGCUUCACCAACUUCCGGCUGUUCCAUGGGCUCAAUCUGGCCUAUCCACCUCAAUUCCCAAGCAGUGUGCUUCAGGAUAACGAGGAUUCGCUAAAGGACGAGGCUAGCUUUGUUUCCGACCGCAUUGCUGCUCUCAACUUCGAGCUGCUGCGCACGGAUAAAGUGCAGGAGGAUGAAGAGGAACUGGAUAUCGACAUGGAGCUGUUGGAGCAAGAUGGCGACUCAAAGCGCAUCAUCAAGAUGAAACAGGAGGCCCAAGAAAUCGCCCGUCUGCGCAACCUUUUCAAGGGUUUGAAGUUCUUCAUCAAUCGCGAGGUUCCCCGUGAACCGCUGGUCAUCAUCAUCCGUUCCUUCGGCGGCAAAGUGUCCUGGGACUCAUCUAUAUUCCCUGGCUCUACCUUCGACGAAAGUGAUGAGACCAUCACUCACCAGAUUGUGGACAGACCCAGCAUAGCUACGCAGUACAUCUCGAGGGACUACAUCCAGCCUCAGUGGCUUUUCGAUUGCGUGAACCAGCGCCAGUUGCUGCCCACCAACAAGUACUUCCUGGGCGAGAAGCUGCCGCCUCAUUUAUCGCCCUUCGUGGACUCCAAGAGAGACUCGUACAUCCCGCCCGAGGAGAAGGCUCUGCUGGAUCCUUCCCUGAUCGAAACUCAUGCACAAAGCGAUGACGAUUCCGAAGAUGAGCCCGAAAAGGAGGAAGAGGAGACUGUGGACCAGGAGCUGCUCGAUGCCCAACUGCAGCUGGCCUACCAACAGGAAACCGCCGAGUACAAGAAGUACGGCGGUCCCGAUGGCGUCAACGAAGACGAGGAGGAUCCCGAGGACGACGACGAUGAGGACGAGGAUGAUGAAGAGGAGGAGGAGGUCGACGAGAAGACCAAGCGGCUGCAGCAGGAGAAGCAGAAGAUGUCCGUGCAGUCGGGCAAGGUGCACAAGGUCAACAAGCGGGCGGUGCACAAGGCCGAAGUCGACGAGCACCGCCUGCAGGCGCGCAUGGUGAAGCCCCGCCACCGCAACCUCUUCCGGAAACUCAUCCGCGAGAAGCAGACCAAGGAGAAGGAGGAGUGGCUGCUGCGCAAGAAGCGACGCACCUUCGAGGCCGACGAGAAGGAGGCCCGCAAGACAGCCAAGCGGGAGGCACGCAAGGAGGCGGCCGUCGCAGCUGCCAAGGCAGCCAAGUUGGGCAAAUAAGCUGGCUGUUCACAGCUCGGGGGGUUCUGUGUGUCUUGAUCUAGGUUUAAACAAUAAACAAUGAAAAUGUAUAAAACAAUCAAA